AUGAGUAAUAGAGUGUUUGCGUUUCUUCUGCUGCUGUUGGCACUGGCGACUUACGGCGGGAUAUCCGUCGAUGCCCAGGGUGAAGCCCAAGUCAUUGAAGUGUUCCAAGAAGCUGACGCUAUCCCAUCACCAGAGGAGCAGGAGGCUAACGGUCGGACAUUCGGCCCGUUCCGCAAUUUCGACGCGCUUACUUACAAGGAAAAUUUGCUGCACAACAAAAUCAGUUUUCUCUUCUCGCUCGUACCUCGUCCAAAUGCACAGCAACAAUGGAAUCGCCCACCUUACGCCGGCGGAUUCGGGUCAAAUCCGUACCAGCAAGGAGCUUUCCCACCAGGAUAUCCAGCCCAAUUUCCACCAGGAGGCGGAGGAGGGUUUCAUCCACCUCACCCUCAAUUUGGAGGUGGCGGAGGAAUGAUUCCGGGACAGGGAUUCUACCCCGGUGCUGGAUCCGGACAAGGAUUCUAUCCCGGUGUUGGUUUGAAUAAUCCUUACUAUCCAGGAAUGUUACCUGGUGCUGGUUAUCCGGGAGUAGGGCCAGGUUUCUUUCCGCCAGGGAUUCUUCCUGUUAUAGCGGAGAAUAACAACACCAAUCCAUCCGGAAUAGCCGGAGGAGGAGGGAAUAAGCCCCCACCUUCAGCGUCCGCCUCGGUCGCUUCUGCGGCUACAACGGCCGCUCCAACAACUGCAGCUGCCGCAUCCGGCGGGGAAGAUGCAGCUCCUGCGGAAGAGGAGGAAACUAAUCGCCAUAAAAUCAUAAAAAUGAUGCCGAAAUCUUUCAAAAUGAAUUGA